AUGAGUAAACAAAGCGCACAAGUGAUUUGGUACAGGGACAGGGAAAGUGAUAACUAUUCAAGUGACUCAGAUGUCUAUAGUGAUAAUAUAUCUGAAAGUGGGUCAGAAAAUUGCAGUGACUAUGGUUUCAACUAUGAGUCAGAUACUGAAACUACUAUUAAGUCUUCAAUAUCCCAACCCCCUAAAGUAGAAGAACAAAUAUCUAAUACGACAUCUUUCACAGAGCAAAGAUAUGUCGAACAAUAA